AUGAAGACAGCCUUCGAAAUUCCGUUCUAUGCAGCUGACUUGCCUUGUCCUCUUCCCACUAGCGCCGAGAUUGAGAAUGCUCCAGGCGUCUCUCUGGAAUAUGGAGGGCGAAGAAUCGUUGGAGUGGGCCAGCAUUUUGUUGUGAAAUUUGGGCUCGGCGUCAAUCUCAUCGAGGGAGAAAACAUGUUGUUUGUUCGAGAGAACACAAAUGUUCCCGUUCCGCGGGUCUACGCCCUCUAUUCGCACCCAAAAACUAGAAAAAAUUACAUUGUCAUGGAGCGGAUUAUCGGUCAAUCGCUUCUUUCUGCAUGGCCAUAUUUUGACGAGUUGCGCCACCUUCCAUCGCAAAGCUACUUUGGCAGCUUCGGGUAUAGGCCACUUCUGGACGAGAUAUUUUGGACCCAAGAACCUGAUCCGCAGGUGAAUGGCCCCUUUCAUUCGGAAGAGGACCUCAACGAGGCAAUGAUACGAAAGUACACCUACAACGGGGGCACUCCCUACAGAGCGGAAUAUCUCCGGAAAUGUUUGCCUCUCGUUUUCAAGGGCCACGAAGCGGCGUUCACUCACGGUGACCUUCAACGGAAAAAUAUCAUGAUCCGCGAGAAAAGCAAUCGAAGCAGAGAAGAAGCAAACUUGGUCAUAAUUGAUUGGGAAAAGUCUGGGUGGUAUCCACGGUAUUGGGAAUAUUGUUUAGCUAUUUGUGCUUUGCGAUGGGAUGACGACUGGGCCCUCUGGAUUGACAGUAUUCUGACGCCAUUCGUCUCUGAGGCUGCAUGGUUACAAACACUGCGCCUAGAACUAUGGUCAUAG